AGUGUGGUGUAAAUCUCAUUCAUAUAGCUUGCCUUCAUUUCAUAACAAAUCUUCAAUUAUUCAUCAUUUCUCUCUCUCAAAUAGUUCUAAGUUUUAUAUAUUCAUCCUAAAUCAAGUGCAUAGUAAUUAGUUGCAAUUGAAGAGAAGCCCAAAAGAUGUCGGAUUGGGGCCCGGUAUUCGUGGCGGUGGUGCUGUUCGUACUGCUUUCACCGGGCCUGUUGAUUCAGGUACCGGGCCGUAACCGUUUCGUGGAGUUUGGGAACUUUCAGACAAGUGGAGUUUCCAUUCUUGUUCAUGCCCUUAUUUACUUUGCUCUUAUUUGCAUUUUCUUGUUAGCUAUUGGAAUCCAUGUCUAUAUGGCUAUAGUAAAACAAUUGAUUCGACAAUGUGAAGGACGCAUCUUGAGAGAAUCCCUCACUUUCUUUUUGAAGAUAAACUCUAUUUAUUCAUCUACAAUUCUUGAACCCUUUUGCUCUACCAUCUCAUUCUUUGCAGCCAAAAAAAGUGAAGGUACAACAAUGGCGGAUUGGGGGCCUGUGCUUGUGGGAGUUGUACUCUUCGUAUUUCUGCAGCCGGGGCUUCUCUUCCAGCUCCCCGGAAACAACAAACAGAUUGAGUUUGGCAGCACCAAAACCAACGGCAAAGCUAUCAUGCUCCACACCCUCAUCUUCUUCGCUUUCUACGCCCUUUUAAUCCUAGCCGUCCAUGUCCACAUCUAUACCGGCUAGGCUAAUCCAUCUCUACUAUUAUCACUUUUUUGUUCUAGUGUUUCUUGUUGUUGCUCUGUUUUUUUUCUUUUUUUUUUUUUUAUUUCUGUUGGCUUUGUAUUGAUUGAUGGAAUGGAUUUUGGCAGCUGUAAUAAUUUAUCCUUGAGUUCAUUGA